AUGGGUUCUGCAGAGGACCUUGCCUACCCUCAAAUCAUCUUGCAAUACAACAGUGGAUUUUUAGUCUCAAAGGUUAUGUUCACUGCCUGUGAGCUGGGGGUGUUUGAUCUCCUGCUGGAGUCAGGAGAGCCUCUCUCUGCAGGUGCCAUUGCUGCACGCUUGGGUACCAGCACCACAGGGAUGGAAAGACUGCUGGAUGCAUGCGUGGGAUUAAAGCUCUUGGCAGUAGAGCUGGGACAAGAAGGAGCCCUCUACAGAAACACAGAAAUUUCCAACAUCUACCUUACAAAAUCAAGUCCCAAGUCUCAGUAUCAUAUUAUGAUGUAUUACUCCAAUACAGUCUACCUGUGCUGGCACUACCUGGCUGAUGCUGUGAGAGAAGGAAGAAACCAGUAUGAAAAAGCUUUUGGCAUUUCAUCUAAAGACCCUUUUGGAGCAAUGUACAGAUCAGAAGAAGAAAUGCUGAAAUUCAUGGCUGGCCAGAACUCAGUAUGGAGUAUAUGUGGCAGAGAUGUUCUUGCUGCAUUUGACCUUUCCUCUUUCACGAAGAUCUAUGACCUAGGAGGAGGUGGAGGAGCUUUGGCCCAGGAGUGUGUUUCUUUGUACCCAAAUUCUACAGUCACAAUUUACGACCUGCCGAAAGUCGUGCAAGUGGCCAGAGAGCGAUUUGUUCCCGCUGAGGAGCGCCGGAUCGCUUUCCACGCGGGAGACUUCUUUAACGAUUCAAUUCCAGAAGCUGAACUGUAUAUUUUAUCCAAGAUACUGCACGACUGGGACGACGAUAAGUGCAGGCAACUGCUGGCCAAAGUCUACAAGGCUUGCAAACCUGAUGGUGGAGUGCUGCUGGUUGAAUCACUUCUGAACGAAGAUAAAAGUGGGCCUGUAGAAACUCAACUCUAUUCGAUGAGUAUGUUGGUCCAGCCAGAAGGAAAAGAGCGAACAGCAGCAGAGUACAGCCAGCUCCUUGAGGCAGCUGGCUUCAGAGAAAUUCAGGUCAGGAGGACUGGAAAGCUCUAUGAUGCUGUUUUAGGAAGGAAAUAA